GCGCUGAGGACACGAAGGACACAGGCUGACCGAGCAGACCGGCUCCUCCGACCGCAGCGGUCGCUGCAGACUGUCGGUCCUGCUGAUCCGGGGAUUCAUCCGCAUUUAAUCCUUCAGAGGCGGCGCUAAAGAACCAAAGAUUCCCUAAGCGGUCAGGUAAAAUUAAAGCAAUCCAUAUUGUGCUGAAGGAGAUGCGACUUUUCUACAUUAUUUCCUAAAUAUGCCCACAUUUCCGACAUCAGAGGUCCUAUCGUAUACUUGUGAUGAAAAAGACCAAGCAGACAUGUCCAGCAACCAAAGAGAAAUUGGAGGUUCAACAAACUCCAAUGAGACAAAGAAAAUGGACCCGAGAUGGAAUGAGAAGAAAUGCUCAUGGGCCUCCUAUAUGACAAACUCUCCAACUAUGAUUGUGAUGAUCGGCCUGCCUGCAAGAGGAAAGACCUACAUGUCAAAGAAACUCACACGUUAUCUUAACUGGAUUGGAGUCCCGACCAAAGUGUUUAACUUGGGUGUGUAUCGCAGGGAGGCAGUCAGAGCCUAUAAAUCCUAUGAUUUCUUCCGCCACGACAAUGAGGAAGCCAUGAAAAUUAGAAAGCAGUGUGCUCUGGUGGCUCUGCAGGACGUGAGGGUCUACCUAACAGAGGAGUGGGGUCAGAUUGCAGUUUUUGACGCAACAAACACGACGAGGGAAAGGCGGGAUCUUAUUCAAGAUUUUGUGAAGGAAAAUGGCUUCAAGGUGUUCUUUGUGGAGUCGGUGUGUGACGACCCAGACGUUAUUGCUGCCAAUAUUCUGGAAGUUAAAGUCUCCAGUCCAGACUACCCUGAGAAACACAGAGAGAGGGUAAUGGAGGAUUUCCUGAAACGGAUAGAGUGCUACAAGGUCACCUAUCAACCAUUAGAUCCAGACCAAUAUGACAAGGACCUCUCCUUUAUCAAGGUUAUAAAUGUGGGCCAACGUUUCCUGGUGAACCGAGUGCAGGACUACAUCCAAAGCAAGAUAGUAUAUUACCUCAUGAACAUCCACGUGCACUCACACUCCAUUUACCUGUGUCGACACGGAGAGAGCAACCACAACAUGGAAGGACGCAUCGGAGGAGACUCUGAGCUUUCUCCGAGAGGAAAACAGUUUGCCCACGCCCUGCGAGAUUUCAUUGAUGAGCACAAACUGUCGGACUUGAAGGUGUGGACAAGCCAGCUGAGGAGGACCAUCCAGACCGCAGAAGAGCUGGGUGUGCCGUACGAGCAGUGGAAAAUCCUCAACGAGAUCGAUGCGGGGGUGUGCGAGGAGAUGACUUACCAAAUGAUCCAGGAGACUUUUCCAGAGGAGUUUGCUUUGAGAGACCAGGAUAAAUACCAUUACCGCUACCCAGGAGGAGAGUCCUACCAAGAUCUUGUGCAGCGUCUUGAACCAGUUAUCAUGGAGUUAGAGAGACAAGGCAAUGUGCUGGUAAUCUGCCACCAGGCGGUGAUGCGUUGUCUUUUGGCUUACUUCCUGGACAAGGGUGCAGAUGAUCUGCCGUACAUGAAAUGUCCCCUCCACACAGUGCUUAAGCUAACUCCAGUUGCAUAUGGUUGUAAAGUGGAGAUGUUUUACCUAAAUGUGGAGGCGGUAAACACACACCGAGACCGGCCACUUGGUAAAAAUCCAAGGGAGUCUGCUCUCAUACAUCGGAGGAAUAGUUACACUCCCUUGUCAAGUCACGACCAGGUCAAGCGGCCCAGGCUCUACAGCGCUGGCAACCAGCCAUGGCUACCGCUCGCCCCUACCCCAUCGGCUCUGAUGCCGGAGAGUCUGCAAAGCCAAACUCGGACAGGAGGCAGUUGUUUGAGUCCCUGUGUGAAGGAUUCGACUUUGACAGCAGCGAAGAAUCUAGUGGCUGCGUCCGUUUCUGACUGAAGGUUGGAUCCUCUUCCGCUUUUCUUCACAGCUUAUCAGCUUUUUCAUGAGCCAAACAAUAGAAAAUCUUAUUCCUUUUUUGAUUUUUUAUCAUAUUCUAGAUAACCAUAGGAUUACAGGGAGCAGGACAAUUCCCUUCUGAGAUAUAAACAUGAUAAUGCAAAAUAAUAUGUUGCUGUUUAUCUCAAGCACUCUGUCUUUUCUCUGCAUGUUGAGGUUUUAGUCUAGAAACUCUUAUCACUGACUUCAUAUACAGUAUUGCAUGUGCACCAGAAGUUAUUAGUCACCCAAACAUGCAGUACUUUGGAGCUUUGGUGCCAUUUUUAUUUCUUAAAUACAGCAAUGCCUUAGUAAAUUUCAAAUAUAUAUUCCUAGAAAUUACAUUUUCAUCUAUCACAGAAUGUAAUCAAUAUUAUGUUUUCAUUAUAGUACAAAAAUGGGUGAUAUAGAAAUAUUUUUACAAUGAAGAUAUAUGUAUAUGCUCUGGAAACCUGUAAUAAUGAUUCUUAUCGGAUGAGGAUAUUUUAUGUCUGAAGUGGAAAGAAUGUGGCUAAAAUGAAUAAAGGUAUUUUUAUUUGUUUCUGCACUUUUAAAGCCUUUUUAUUUGUUCAAAGAUGUAAAAGAAAAACGUCUGGAUACAUCAUUUAGUCAUGGGAGUGUGGCCAGCAUACAGCGCAAAGCACCACCAACUCUGGUAAACUGUAUUUGUA